AUGCCAUCGAUAUACAUCGUAUCCGCGUCCUACGCCCCCUCACCUCAUCAGUCGUCCGCCAUCGGCAACUCCAGCCAUCCUAACGCCGAGUUCAUUGCCUUGGCGAGAAACUUAUCACAUGGCGCCAGUCUUGAGGUCCGCUCUGGCUUCUUCGCGGCCUGCUUGAGAUUCCCCGCGAAAGCGCCGCCAGAAAACAAUUGGCACUGCGGCGAUGCCUCAGACAUUCUCGCUGGGGAGUCCCGGAAUGCCGAUCCGCUAGGCCUGGUCCAAUAUUCAGACAGGUUCACUUCCAAAGUGGUGUUUUACGGCCUCAUCCUGGGCAGCAUGGCACUGUCGGUUCUCGCGAUAGGUGUUUUGAGCUCCCUUCCAGGAUGGAAAACGCACAUUCUCGAGGAUGGCGAAGCACACCAAAUCCGUCCGUUCCCAGCCCCCAACGUGACAAGCUUUUGUCUAGCCACACUGUGUUUUUCCGCUGGAUUUGGCUUUAUCUCGGUUCUGUGGCUGCACGUGGCCGCCGUGGCCGCAACUGGGACUUUGGAUUUCAUGAUUGAAGACAUCGUUGUUACACAAGUGGGAUCCGCUGCCAUGGCUCUGGGGUGGUUGGCAUUCGGUACAGAAAUGAUAGCACUAGUGGGUGUAUUUAUCAUGCGCGUUUCGCUGAAUUUGCUUGAUCAAAUCACGGACGAAGACUGA